AUGUCUAAUUCUAUAGGAGACAUUUUAAUGGCUAAUAUUUCUGUUGAACAAGUAGAUUUUUGGAAGAAUGCGACAUUCUUUGUAUCUCCAAGACAAGAUGGAACGAUGUUUAUUCAAUGGAACUUUGAAAAUAAUAGAAUUAAUAUCGCUAGUUAUGAUAUUUACAGAGGCAAAGGAAUAUUGUCUGCACUAAACGAUACUCAUCUUUUGGUAACUAUUCCGACAAUGUAUUCAUAUGGAAAGAAUAUAUACGAGUCGAUGUAUACAGAUCACUCCGUUCACUUGGACACAAUAUAUACGUAUCAAGUAGUCGCUCGAGACUCGAACAAAAAAAUUAUUGAUCAAACGAUACUUAUAAUUGGUCAAGCAGACUUGGGAAAAGAGUAUCAUAAUAUUACGAUACUUAUUGCUUUUCCAAGAACAAAUGGCAUCCAUCUUAGUUGGAGACUCAAAGCAAGAAAUGCAGCUAAAUAUGUUACUCUUUACAAUGGUAUCAAUAGUAUAUCUAAAAUUAGCAAUAGUGAAACUCAGCUUUUAGGUAGAUAUCCAGUAGAAGAUAUGAAAGCAAUCGUCUCAUUAUCCAAUAUCGGUCCUUUUCUUCUCGUAUCUGAUGAUGGAAAUGAUGUGGCAACUGUUAAACUCGCUAAUCUUACUCGUCCACGGAUAGUCCUGACACCAACACAUCUAAAUUUCAUUCGAGAGAAAAUCAAUCAAUCAGGACAUGCACAAGAGGUUUUUAAAGCACUCAUAAAAAGUAUUUAUACCUAUAAGCCUGAUAAUUCUUUUAAUUAUUGUUGGCCUGCACGAGAUGCAGCUCUACUGUACACUAUCACAAGAGAUAUUAAUUAUGCUCAUAUCGCAUAUUUAGCAUUAAAUGCCAAUAGAAUAAAUUAUACAAUAUAUGAUAAAUCUGCUAUCAAACUUCGAUUCAGUCUUAGUACGAUGGCUCGAUCACAAGCUUUUGAUUGGGCUUACGAUGCUUUUACCAUAGAACAACGACGAGAACUGAUGAAUGAUUUUCAAUAUACUGCAUCGAUAUUUACAUCUUAUUCAGGUAGAAUCAAAAGGAAGAUCAAAUGA